AUGUCAUAUGGUUCGUGGUUUUUAGACGAGACUCCAUUACCAAAACUAGGCUUUCUCGGCCAAGGCAACAAUGGCUAUGUCACCCUGGUCCGAAACGGUGAUGGACUACUCAUGGCUAAGAAAACAUCUUUCCUCAAAUACUCAGAGGAUCUCGAGAAAGAAGUAAGGAUCAUGGAUCGCUUCUUUUCAAUCAAUUUCAACACCGUGAGAGCCACGAGCCCUGCUGUCUCCUACGAAACCAUGCCAUUGAACGUGAAAGUCUGUUCCAUUCACAUGGAAGUCGCACCGCAUGGUUCACUCAAAGACAUGCUGACCAAAGCCGGUGGGACAUUACCCGAGAACGUCAUCGGUUAUUGCAUUUUACAGGUUCUUGAAGGGCUCAGGGAUCUUCACCAACACGGUUAUGUCCAUUGUGAUCUCAAGCCAGAGAACAUACUCAUCUUCCCGAGCUAUGCUCAUGAAGAUCUUUGCGAGCUCAAACUUGGUGACUUCGGUUCGGCUAAGGAACCCAAUGGACCUGAUCCAGUGAAUGGGUCUUUGUUCGAGGACAAUCCGGAGUAUUUGGCUCCUGAGGCAGUCGGGCCACGUGGAGUGAUCUCGUCGGCGGUUGAUAUCUGGUCCUUAGGUACCAUGGUGAUGGAAAUGAUGGGGGUUACUUUAAGAGGAAGGAGUGAUUACGUGCCGUGGAAUCUAUCGGAGAUGACUAGGGACUUUGUGAGGAGAUGUACAGAGAGGAGCCCUAGGGCUAGAGCCACUGCGGUGGAGCUCAUGAGUCAUGAGUUUGUUAGACAAAGUCUUGGGACUCCACCGCUUGAGCUGCUUCCAGUUCCUUCAUGCUUAAGUAAUGGAGUGGUUCAAGGAAGGCUCUUCUAG